ACACUUUCCCUCUCUCUCUAGCCUUGAAAUGAUUCAAAUUCAUAAUUAAAUUUCUAGUUUUCAAUUUGUAAUCGACCUCUAUGAUCACAUUUCCCACCUUCUCUCUCUUUAUCUCCACCGUAAGAACCUGAACUGGCUGUACAGUGACUGAAUGUGCUCUAAAGGGAACUCCAGCCAGGAACCCCCUCUUCAUCAAAGGAUGAAAAUGGGGUUGUGGAUUUGGUUUUUCUCAGCAAUAUUGGGAGGAACCCUUUUGGGCCCUUGCUGUCUUGCUCUCUCUGAAGAUGGUGUUACAUUGUUGGAAAUCAAGAGCCGUUUGAAUGACAGUAGAAAUUUUCUCGGUAACUGGAGGGAUUCUGAUGAGUUUCCAUGUAAAUGGACUGGUGUCUCUUGCUAUCACCAUGAUCAUCGAGUUCGUUCUAUAAACCUACCUUACAUGCAACUUGGAGGGAUUAUAUCUCCAAGCAUAGGCAAACUCAAUAAAUUGCAAAGACUGGCACUCCACCAAAACAGCUUGCAUGGGUCUAUUCCUAAUGAGAUUGCCAAUUGUGCUGAGCUCAGAGCCCUGUACUUGAGGGCUAAUUAUCUUCAAGGAGGCAUACCGUCAGACCUUGGAAAUCUUUCAUAUCUCACUAUACUGGAUUUUUCAAGCAAUUCAUUAAAGGGUGCCAUACCAUCCUCACUGGGUCGCCUCAAACGGCUGCGCUAUUUGAACUUAUCUACAAACUUCCUUUCUGGUGAAAUCCCAGAUGUUGGAGUCCUAAGCACUUUUGACAACAAGUCUUUUAUUGGAAAUUUGGAUUUGUGUGGUCAACAAGUGCACAAGCCAUGUCGGACCUCACUGGGAUUCCCUGCAGUGCUACCCCAUGCUGAAAGUGAUGAAGCUGCAGUCCCUGUUAAACGAUCAGCUCAUUUCACCAAAGGUGUGUUGAUUGGUGCAAUGUCUACUAUGGCUCUUGUGCUUGUCAUGCUUCUUGCAUUCCUCUGGGUUUGUUUCUUAUCAAAGAAAGAAAGAGCUUCCAGGAAAUAUACCGAAGUUAAAAAGCAAGUUCAUCAAGAACCACGCACCAAGCUUAUUACUUUCCAUGGUGAUCUUCCAUAUCCCUCGUGUGAGAUCAUAGAGAAGCUGGAAGCUCUUGAUGAAGAGGAUGUUGUGGGUUCAGGGGGAUUUGGUACUGUAUAUCGAAUGGUCAUGAAUGACUGUGGUACAUUUGCUGUGAAAAGAAUUGAUCGGAGUCGUGAAGGAUCUGAUAAAGUAUUUGAGAGGGAGUUGGAGAUCUUGGGUAGCAUAAAGCACAUAAAUCUAGUUAACCUGCGAGGUUACUGCAGGCUUCCCACUUCAAAGCUGCUUAUAUAUGAUUAUUUGGCUUUGGGCAGCUUAGAUGAUUUUUUGCAUGAACAUGGUGGACAAGAUGAGCGGUCCCUUAAUUGGAGUGCUCGUUUAAACAUAGCCCUGGGUUCUGCCCGGGGGUUGGCAUAUUUGCAUCAUGAUUGCAGCCCAAGGAUAGUUCAUCGUGACAUAAAAUCCAGCAACAUACUCCUUGAUGAAAAUUUAGAGCCUCACGUUUCUGACUUUGGUCUUGCCAAACUUUUGGUAGAUGAGGAUGCGCAUAUCACGACUGUUGUUGCUGGCACUUUUGGCUAUUUGGCACCAGAGUAUCUGCAAAGUGGAAGAGCAACAGAGAAAUCAGAUGUCUAUAGCUUUGGAGUUCUUUUGUUAGAGCUUGUGACUGGAAAGAGGCCUACUGAUCCAACUUUCGUCAAGAGAGGUUUAAAUGUUGUUGGCUGGAUGAACACCCUAUUGAAAGAGAAUCGGUUGGAGGAUGUAGUAGAUAAAAGGUGCAGAGACGCUGAAGUUGAAACUGUAGAAGCUAUUCUUGAUAUAGCGGGAAGGUGCACCGAUGCAAACCCAGACGAUCGGCCAUCAAUGAGCCAGGUGUUGCAGCUGCUAGAGCAAGAAGUUAUGUCACCAUGCCCCAGUGAUUUCUACGAGUCCCAUUCAGACUACUGUUAAAAAUGAUAGACAAACCAUAUGUAUGCAUUGUGGUAGAUGUAUUGUUGCUUCACCAUAUUUUUAUUUACUUCAUACCCCUAUCUAUGGGCCCCCCCUUGUAUAAUAUUUGCUUGCUAAUGAUGGAAUUUCUGUAGAUGCCUUGGAUUUUCCAAGGGCAUCCUGUGAAAAUGUCUGUCUUCUCGCCUAGAGAACAUUUACAAA